UUCCUUUCUGUGGUCGAUGAUGUCUUCGCCACGCCAUUGCUACAGUACAUGCAAUGUUAGUUACUGAUUACCAUCCGUGGCUCAGCUCGACGAAGGGUAAGCUACCAGUCACGGAUAUAGCUAAAGUCCGAAAAAUGCCCAUCAAGACAAAGAGACAGGAAGAACGCUCUGGGGGCUUGCUAUCCCAUCUCCUCGGACAUUACAACAACAGUAUUGCAGACAUCUCACAGGGAUUAAGCCCGCACGGGACAACAACAGGGUAUUUGAGGAUCUCGAUCCCUCGCGUUAGCAUCGAUUCAGUCAGGACUCCUCUGUCAUCAAGACAACGCCGGCCAACGAUCCCUCACGUGCUCUGGCAAUUCUUUGCUGUUAAGCCACCAUGGUCAAGACACUCCCCUUUGGAGAUUUUCACGUCCCUUCCCCCGGCUUCGGGGCAAUGGGUCUGAGCUUUGGUUUAGGAAACCAUCUCAGUCUCGACGAGGCUGAACCGGUGCUGCGGAAAGCAAUUGAGCUGGGAUGCACCUUUUGGGACACGGCGGUUGUCUACGAAGCUGGUGUCAAUGAGAAACUCCUGGGAGAUUUUAUCAGGAAAUAUAACGUGCGCGACAAGGUCUUCAUCGCCUCAAAAUGUGGUUUCGAUGUCUUCGGUGGCGAUGGGAAUGUCACGAACUCGGCCUCUCACAUCAAAGAGUACAUCGAAGGUACCAUUGAGAGACUUGGUUUUGCACCAGACCUCUACUAUCUUCAUCGGAUUGAUCCAAGAACCCCUCUCGAAGAGUCGAUUCCCGCGCUUGAUGAACUCCGAAAGGCAGGGAAAACGAAAUACAUUGGUCUCUCUGAAUGUUCUGCCGCUACACUGCGUAAGGCCAAUUCGAUUGCCAAGAUUGAUGCCGUUCAAGCGGAAUAUUCAGCUUUUGAGACCUUGCACGAGACGGAUGGUCUCAUCGAGACUGCGAGGGAACUUGGUGUGGCCUACGUGGCUUACAGCCCCUUGGGCCACGGCUGGCUGGUUGAUGAAUUCCAAUACAAGUCCCCCGAUGAUUUUGCGCCCGAUGAUUUCCGACGGAAGAUUCCCAAGUUCCAAGGCGAGAACUUUUAUAAAAAUCGAGCCAUCGUUGAAGAAAUUACAAAGCUUGCUUUAAAAAGAGGUUGCACUACAGCUCAAAUUGCUCUGGCCUGGGUUGCUGCGCAAGGAAUGAUUGCCAUACCAGGCACAACCAAAGCAAAGCGAUUGGAGGAAAAUUGGGCGUCUAGAGACAUUGAUCUUACGGAAGAAGAGAAACGAGAGAUGAGGAAAGUCAUUGAUGCCGCCAAGCCGCACGGCAACAGAUAUGCUCCCGCACAGCAGGCGUUGGUGGGACACUGAAGUCGGAUGCUCGUAGAGGAAAAGUAGUAUAUGAGCGUCGAAAAUCACUUUUGAGCAUCCAUCUUAUCUUUGAUUCCAUAAUACGGACCCGCUGCUUCAGUCGAUAGGGGAAUCUACAUGCUUAACCUCGACCAUCUCAAUUUUAUUGAAGCAUAGAAUUGAAUCUAUUGGGAUGCAGAGCCUGGCUACAGCGAUAGCUGCUCUCAAUAAAAUCUAGUAAGCUAUACAAUAAGAGGCGUAAGAUAGCCUUGGGGUAUAGAUUAAUUGAGGGAUGAUUAACAUAAGGCAGGAGGAUACCGCGGGGUUAUUGUCUCGG